AUGACCACCACAGCAAUAAAGUCACAACAGCAACAGCAUAUCCAAUGCUAUGCAUUGCCUACACCAUCACCGCCACCUGAACCUAUUGUACUCUAUCAUGAAAAAAAAACCUCAAAAACUCCAUGGACAACACGAUGGUUAAACGUCUUGCAAAGAUUAUUGAAAGAACUCGACGGCCGUGACAAGAUGAUGAAAGUGAUACAGUACUUCAUCAAAAUUCUGUUACACUAUAAAGUGGUGAAAGCCAAGCAUUGGUCCACAUUGACCAGCCAUUUCUCCAUGACUCGUAAAAUUCUUCGCUUAGGUACAGCGUUAGGUCCAUUAAGAGAAAUUCAACUCAAGCAUGAUUCUGUCUGGAAUACAUUGAUACUGUCCAAUGAGAUUGUGAAUGCUGUCUCUGACGAUGUAUUUUGUCUCUACAAGCUGGGCUUCUUUGGGUCUAAAGUCGGUGAUAGAUCAGAAAUACUCUCUGCCUAUUGUUGGUUUUUAGGCAUCAUGGUAGACAUUCGAUCUGCUGCACAGUCAUACAUAAAAUUAACCAACGCAGUAAAGAAGCAUGAUGGAGAUGAAAAAUCACUAUUAGAACACCAAAAAAAGAUUUUUGUCAUGGAAGUAUCGAUUGUUAAACUAUUGAUGGAUGGUGUCUUUUGUGCCUGUGAUAUCUUACAACCAUCUUAUUCUUCAAGUGUUCAAGCAUGGUCAGGUUUCUUUAGUGGUGCUUUGGCUGGAUACAAGUUGUGUAUCAAAUUCUCAAAUUAA